UCUAUUAUUAUGUGCAUUUUAAUUCUUAGUAUUAAUUUUUAGCAUUUAAUUACAGCCUCAUAAGUACAAAUAAAAACAGGACUUGCUAUUGUUGCCACCUAUUUUCUUUAAAGAUGACAAGCAGCAUCUUAUUUGUGUUAACACAAGUCAUCCACAUAACAAAGAUAGAUAAGAAAAGUGGCCAGGUGUGGUGGCUCAUGCCUCUGCUGGGACAGGGAACAGAGGGAUGCGGAGACCCUGAAGAUGCUUUUGGACAAUGGUCUGCGGUUAGGACAGUGGCAGGAGAUACCAUUCACUCAGGGUCUCCAGGACAAGAGAUCAGCCUGGCAGUUACAUGUGUUUCUUUUCAAACUCGUUGCCAGGUUGGACUGACCGAUGACAUCAGAGAUUCCGACCUUCCUGAUUGGAAGGACCGGACUCUGUGGGCACCUGGAAGUUCAGUUGGAUAACAGCAUCUUCUCAGAGCUGAUCUCCACUCCUGACUUCUCCCAGUCUCGAGAAUUGAUAACACACUCUUCGGGAUCCUACCAGUGCCCACGAGAAGGCCACGGACAGAACAGAGACUAGUUUCCGUGAGAGGGGAUAGAUUAUGGGAAACAUCAUGACCUGCUGUCUACCGCACCCCCAGGAUGAGCAGAGCCCCCAGCGGAGCACCUCGGGGUACCCCCUCCAGGAGGUGGUGGAUGAUAAAGUGUCGGGACCAUCAGCCCCUGGGGGAGAUCACAGCCCCCCAGGUAGGUCCUUUUGCCUGAAAAGGAAGAAGGAGUGGUCGGACGAAUCUGAGGAGUCGUCAGAGGAGCCACAGAAGGAACUCAAGCGACAGCGAGUGUUGCUCAUGCUCCCUGAGCACCACGAGGCCUUCAACAGGCUGCUCGGAGGCACACUUCUCCUCGCUGCCCUGCUGCUCCCACGGAAACCCUGUCCUGCUUCUCAUGCUGACAUCUGCUCUCUAAUCACAGAGGAUCCUGUCAUUAAAAGAUUCCUGGCUUGGGACAAAGAUCUGAGGGUGUCGGACAAGUACCUCUUGGCUAUGGUCAUAGCGUAUUUUAGGCGGGCCGGCCUCCUCUCCUGGCAAUACCAACGCAUUCAUUUCUUCCUGGCUCUCUACCUGGCCAAUGACAUGGAGGAGGACGACGAGGCCCCCAAACAAAACAUCUUCUACUUCCUGUACGGGAAGACCCGCUCUCACGUACCCUUGUUCCAUAAGCGUCGGUUCCAGUUACGCCAUUCCAUGACCGGGAGGGCCAGGGAGAACCGCUCUCAGAUAGCCUUGUUCCACAAGCUUCGGUUCCAGUUCUUCUGUUCCAUGCGCUGCAGGGCUUGGGUUUCCCCGGAGGAGUUGGAGGAGAUCCAGGCUUAUGACCCACAGCAUUGGGUGUGGGCGCGAGAUCGCGCUCGCCUUUCCUAGAGCUCCAGGGACCGUGGAGGCCUGAGGUCAUCGGCCUGAGAGAAGAACACUGGGCCCAGGGGAGAUGCGGAUUUUCAGCAGGAACUUUAUUCCAAUGCUAAUGGCAGACACCAGGAAGGAGGAGAGGAGCGAUGUGUGCAGAUCAUCUAGAAGAACCUGGACCGUUCUUGUUGGAGCUGAAUACAGUGAUCACGUUGUCCUCCUAGGAG